UUACUGGCGAACCGCUCGCUUGCGGUGCGGCGUGCGGCCAUGGGCGGUUUGAGCGUAAAUCGGCCCUAAAGGGGUCAACCGCAUGUCACACACUUGCAGCGACACUGAGUGCCAAAGAGCGGCCUAGAAAAGGCUAUGGACAGCAGUAUCAUUCGCGCACUGCAGCUUUUUCCUCUCAGUCGUCCACGGUAGCUGACGACGUGUCGCCGAUUUGGCGCUCAGCCAUGCCCGGCCUCUCCGCAGCGAGCGCGUCAUGAUAAGCUCGCCCCCGUUUCUUAACAUCCGCUCAUUGAGCACUUUUAGACUUUGUGCCUUGCGUCCUCAGUUUGUUCAUAGUGCGCGAGAACCAGCGACGACGAGUUAGCGCGCGUGUAGUCGCCGGCCCCGCUGCGGCUGGAGCAGGGAAGGUGUUGGAGCCAGUGGAGCGCCGGCCGCCGAGCCGCUCUCCUCUCCCAGUAUCCGCCGCCGCCGCUGCCGCCACUUGUUGAGCGGCCGGCAACCGCGACGCAUUGUUGGUCCGCUUUCGUGCGUUGUACGUACGGAUUGUGGGCACAGGCACGCAGCUUUCGCUGGCGAAGCGUAUACAAUCGGUCACGCAAUGUUCAAGCUCAUCGCCAGCCGAUUUCCCGGCGCGCGCACGAAAUGGGCAAACUUCAGCAAUCUCCCACGUACCCAUCGCGCGGAGACUGGCCGAUCAUGGAUGAGUGCUGCGAGCAAAGAGGAUCUUGACCUCAUCCUCUGUCAGUCAACAUUGUUGCAGGGUCCUGAAAGGAUAAGAGUUGGAAAUGCUGGCACCGUGCCAGAAACAGGGGUGACAACUGUGUACGAAGCUCUUCUCAAUGGACAGCGCAUGAACAGAAACAAGAAAGCCUGUGGCUACUGGAGUAAAGACUUGAAAGAACUUCACUGGAUAAGCUAUGAGGAGCUCCUGGAGAAAUCCCAAAUGUUUGGCUCUGGACUGCUGUCCCUGGGGCAAGUUCCUCGUGAGAGCAUCAUCAUGAUCAACUGCAAGACGGGCCUUGAGUAUGUCAUCUCAAACUACUCCCUGUCGCACUACUCCAUGGUUUCCUGCCCAGUCACAGUCAAUGCUGAUCUCGAGGCCACAACAUUUGUUCUUCAGCAAGUGGAAAGCUCCGUGCUGGUAUGCGACUCUGCGGACAAAGUGCAAUACUUCCUCAGCAAAAAGGACUCACUACCAGCUCUCAAAACUAUUGUCUGUGCCGAUGACAUUUCACGGGAUGUCAUCUCCGCAUGUCGCAGCAAAGGAGUGGAGUUGGUGCUGUGGAGUGAUUGCCUGAAACUUGGUGCAAAGUCUAUCCAAGAGCCCAUUCCACCAACACCUGACAUGCUCUAUGGACUCCUCUAUACAAGUGGUACAACAGGAUUGCCCAAAGGUGUGCCCAUCACACACAGGAGACUCGUGAAGACGGCCAAUGCCAUCAACCAUCUGGCAGGGCCAAUGAGGGCUGAGCCAGGGCACACCUGUUUCUGCUACCUGCCAACGGGCCAUAUUUAUGAACACAUCUAUGAGGUGACCACACUGAUGCGUGGUGCAACCCUGGGCUUCUACAGAGGAAAUGUGCAGCUUCUCUUGGAUGAUAUGAAAGCACUGAAGCCUCACAACCUGCCCAUGGUGCCUCGUCUUCUCAAUCGCAUCUAUUACAAGGUUCACUCUGAAGUUCACAAGAGUGCCAUCAAGACAGCAGUGUUCAACUUUGCUGUGAACCAGAAACGCAAGCUUCUCAAAAAGGGCAUUGUGACAACUGACACAGUAUGGGACAAGUACGUCUUCAAGAAGAUUCGCGAUGAGCUUGGCGGCAACUUUCAGUACGGCUUGACAACCUCUGCACCUGCCAAGAAAGAAGUUUUAGAAUUCUUCAGAUGCGUCUUUGGAUGCCAUCUUGUGGAGGUUUAUGGCAGCACUGAAGCCAGUGUGGUUUCAAGCACACUCCCAUACGACUUUGUAGGAGGAGACAAUGUUGGCUGUCUUUUUCCGGAAGUUGAAAUGAAGCUGGUUGAUGUUCCAGAGAUGAACUACUUUGCAAAAGACGACAAGGGGGAGAUCUGUGUCCGCAGCCCUUUGACCUUCCAGGGUUACUUCAAAAAUCCCAAGGAGACUGCAGAUACAGUGCUUCCAGGUGGCUGGGUACUCACAGGGGACAUUGGGAUGUGGACGUCGACAGGAGCACUCAAAGUUAUUGACAGAAAAAAAGACUUCUUCAAGCUCUCACAGGGAGAAUUCAUCUCACCUGAUCGAAUUGAAAGUGUUUACAGUAUGAUGGACUACAUUGCAACAAUAUUUGUUACAGGGUGUCCAACCCAGUCUUUUUGUGUUGCCAUUAUUAUUCCUCAUGAGGAGCCUCUCAGGGACCUUGCUGCUUCCUGCGGUCUUAACAAGAAGGCACCUCUAUCUGAAAUCUGUCAAAAUCUGACUGUGCGCAAAACUUUGCUGAAGGAGAUGCAAAAACAUGGGAAAGAAAGUGGCUUGAGCUCUCUGCAUCAGGUUCACAAUGUGCACCUGCAUAUAGAGAGUGACCUUCUGGCAUCUGGACUUGUGACAAACACGCUGAAGCUCAAGCGAAAUGUUGCACGACAACAAUUUGCAAAUGCCAUCCAAGACCUGUACAGUGAAGGCCAGCUUCUCAGCACAUGACACCAUAGUGUUGUCAACUCCAAAACGUGCCUGGUGCAUCAAAGAUGGUCAAAACAUUCACAGUGGACUGUUACAAACAGCAUAUUAGUUGACCUACGUUAGGUACUGCUGUGUUCUACCACAGUCAGUCAUUGUUUUUUUUUUUUUCCUUGAAACUGUACCAGACUGGCACUUAAAUGGACACUAUGUGUGAAUGUUAAAGCAAGCUAAAAUGACAGAUUAGUGUUCCGAAAGGUCCAGGGCAUUGCUUUCACAAAAAGCCUCUCGGAACUGAGAAAAUUACAUAAAUGUAAUAAUGUCCCAUACAUGGUUGGUAAACACUGUCUAAACAAUGACAACAAAAAGGUAAUUAAAUUGGACCUCAACACGAAAAUAAAGCAAAGUGCCGUUUGGUCAACCUAAUCAAAUUAUUCUACAAAGGGACUAAACACAAAUGUCUUCAAGUUUCUAGAAGUUCAGUAUAACAGUCUAGACUGAUCGAACAUUUGCCUCUUGUGUUCCUUUAAUUUUGUAGCAGUGGUUAUACAUGUGCAAAUUUGCUUUCACGGUUUCAUAUUCAGCUGGCGAGAUUUCCACAAAAGGUUGUUUGCAUCUUGCUACCUUUUUGGUUGUGAACAGAAACACUGUGGCAUUAACAUGGAACAAAGAUCUCCGCAGUUCACUGUGUAGACCACUGAUACAAAAAAGGAUUUCGUUAUGUUGACAGACAUUACAGUAGUGUUGUUUGAAAUGCUCCAAUGGCAGCUAUUAUCUCCGCUCUGUUUUGCACAUGUGACUGCACAUUCUUUUGACUUGCCAUCACCUGCUGUGCUUGCAAGGAUGUUUUGUACCUGGGCCACAAAAAUCAAAAGUUUGUUCCACAUAUGUGUGGCACAGUUUUUUAAGUGUUUGGAAGGUGUUGGUGGAGCAUAUAUGUAUAUAUUGAGUGGCUGUAUACAACUCGUAUUUACUCAGUUGCUUGUUGUUUUACAAACAAAGAGCAGACUAUUUGCUAUUUUAAAUAGUAUAUACAGGUGCCCUGUGCAAUGUGAAUAUGAUAACCCCACAUUCCUUGUGACAGCCUGUUUAUUUUUUUAAGCGUCGCACAGUAUUUUCAUUCUUGUUAUAAAUGUUCAUGUGUGCCUAAAAACUAUAGUGUGGUGUAUUUUUUUAACACUCUUGUGCUGAUGCACAAAUAACCAACUCCGACUUUCACAACAUGAAACUGUUUGAAGCGUUGUUUGGCAAAUGAGAUUAAUGCUAUCCAGGCAUCCUGACAUUGCUGAGCACCACAAUUCAAAGAAGUAAGAGUAUAUGGAAAUGGAAUUGCCAAGAAAAUUGAGAAAUUUUCGCAAAGGCAAGGCACGCACAUAAAAAAAAAAGAACGAGGCAGGCUUUGUGCAUUUCUACACAAUCUGCAGAGCACACCUACAGUUUACAAGCUCCAUGCUUACAGGAAAUCAAAUUUUCCUGGCUCCCUUGUACCCUGAGCUUUUAAGGGCAGUUAUACAUAAUGCAUGCACAUAACCGUAUAGACUCAUGUAAGGGUGACAGUUUCUUUAAUUUUUCACAAUUUUGACGAGGUGCGACCCUUACACGGGACUGAACCUAUUGUUCAAAAUGGUGCCAGUGCAGCCAGCAACUUCUGCACACCCCGGGUCCCUGGAUGUACAUACCAGUGCAUCAGAGGUCAACACACAGCUCUUGCCAUUGAGUAGCAGUGCAUGAAGUACACAGUGUGCGAAAAUUUGCCGAUGCACGCACGUGACAACAGGGCACUAAAUGUGAUUGCUUCUCCACUGGAAAUAUUUUUUUUCUUUCAAAUUUUGGGCUGCCAAGUUGGGGGUGCGGACCUUACACGAGUCUAUACGGUACAUUAUUUUCAUGCUAUCCUGUUCCAAACCGACAUCAAAUGCAAAUCAUUUAGUGCAAUAGCACUCUUUUUGUGCAAGCAUAUUGUAUAUUUCUUUCGCAAGCUUGAACUUAAAAUAAUAAAAAGGAUUGUGAUAAAGAAA